AUGUUGCGAUCAAAUUACAGCUGGUGCGCACUUCCUCGGAUAAUCGAGAGAUACGAGGAACGGCAGGAGAACCUUCGCCGUGAGCACCCUCCAGCACACGCCAGAUUCGAAAGUAUGCUUGCCUCCUACAGCAAUAUCAGAUAUGGAGCAACGAUCUUUACCGGAUCGAGGAAUCCAAAUGAACUCCCUAUGUGGGUGACUGCAAUUAAGCAUGAUAUCAGCAAGAGAGCAGAACCAGGUAAAACGGCAGAGCUUCUCGAGCUCUCUUGUGCUAUCUUUGCAUACAUGGCCGACAGUGAGGCCGAUAACAAGCUUCGGGAUGCUGCUGGACGCGCAACCAGAAGCGAUCUCGGCAUUUUUCAGACAGUUAUAGCAGACUCAAUCUGCACGAGAUUGUCUCAGUGCCGUGGUCGAGUACCUGCCAACUCAAGACACUUUCAUAAUAAUGUUGACUUUCUUGAAGAAGAGAUCAUCCUAGGCUAUGGAGAACGGCUAUUGCAAAUGGAGACCCCGAUGAUUUGCAUUAUCUUAGCGCUGACACUCUGGAAAUGUUCGAAGACCAGCAAUUAUGAUUGGACAAUGAAGACUACCAGCGGGAAGAGCAUGACAUUGCUUGCCGUUUUCUUGUCAUUUUCAUCUCGUUGCUAUGGUUUCCCUGAUUAA